AUGGAAAUAGAAAAUCAGACCAUUGUCUCUGAAUUCCUCCUCCUGGGAUUCUCUGAAGAACCAGAGCAACAACCAAUUCUUUUUGGGCUAUUCCUGAUCAUGUACCUGGUCAGUGUGGUAGGAAAUCUUUCCAUCAUCUUGGCAAUUGGCUCAGACUCAUAUCUGCACAGUCCUAUGUACUUCUUUGUGGCAAACCUGUCCUUUGCUGAUAUCUGUUUUAUCUCUACCACUGUCCCCAAGAUGCUGGCAAACAUCUGGACCCAGAGUCAGAGGAUAUCCUAUGAAGGCUGUCUGACUCAGAUGCAUUUCUUCAUGACAUUUGGGGCCCUUGAUGAUUUUCUUCUGGGAGUAAUGGCAUAUGACCGUUAUAUAGCCAUCUGCCAGCCCCUCCACUAUGCCACGGUCAUGAAGUCUGGAAUUUGUGUUCUAUUGCUAGCUGUGUGCUGGAUUCUUACCAGCUCUGCUGCCUUUUUACACACUUUCCUCAUGGCUGGCUUGACUUUCUGUGCAGAGAAUAGCAUUCCCCACUUCUUCUGUGACUUGACCCCUUUGCUCUCACUCUCCUGCUCAAACACUAGCACUAACCAGUUGAUGUUGUAUAUUGUGGGAUCAAUGGUCCUCACUGCUCCUCUAAUUCUCAUUGUUAUCUCCUAUGUCUGCAUCAUCUCUGCCAUUCUAAGAAUACCAUCUAACUCUGGAAGGUGGAAAGCCUUUUCUACCUGUGGUUCACAUCUCACUGUGGUUUCCCUAUUCUAUGGGGCAGCUAUUGGGGUCUAUCUGUGCCCACUGUCCUCACGUUCUGCUGGGAAAGACAGAAUUGCUGCUGUUCUAUAUACUGUGGUCACUCCUAUGUUGAACCCUUUCAUAUAUAGCUUGAGGAACAGGGACAUGAAGGGGGCUUUGGGGAAACUCCUCCUUAGUAAGAAAGCACUGUCUUAUUAG